AAUGGCGAAUUAAAACCGGAGAACUUCAUGUCUGGCUUCGAUUAUGUACCCGAACAUUUUUGUGAUGCAAUCCUAACAGCUGCCGCUGUAUCCAACGGUCAGCAACAGCACAUGCAGCAUCAAAAGGAUCAGCAACAUGCGGCACAACAACAGCAGCAGCAACAACAACAACAGCAACAGCAGCAAGAUCAUACGAAUAAUGAUGGCGAAACAAAUGAUGCACCCGGUUCGUCUAAUCACACCGACACGCAUGGUGGUUCAUUCCAGACUCCCGGCGUUAGCAUGCAAUCACAUAACGGUGACCAUGUCUCGGGUAGUAGCUCGUCACAGCAACACAAUUCCAUGCCACAUCUGCAGGCGUUUCACGGUGGCUUGCAUUCGCAUUUGUUGCGUCGCCAGCAGCAUGCUGCUGCUGCAAUGCAGCGUGAAUCUGCAUUCGAGGAAAAACUCUUGCAAUUUAUGCAAGAUGCCUUUCCAAAGAAAAGCAAAAAACGUAAGAAUCGUGAUCCGGAUAAGCUGUUUUUACUUUCGCUCUACGAGGAGAUUAAGCGUGUGCCCGAAGAGAUUCGCCUUGAUGUAAAGGGCGAACUCAUACAGGUGCUAAAGAAAUACCAGAAGAAGGCACCGGUUAAACAGGAAAAACCCCAGUCGCAAACACAUACACAGUCAGCAUCGUCGUCGUCGAGCAAGCAAAGCUCUUCUACGGCAAAUGAUAAAAUACAAUUAGCGCAACAUACACAACUAUCACAUAGCAUGUAUCAGCUGCAGAAGAAAUAUGAUAAGAAUGAAAAGGAAGCCUCGCCGCAAUCACAAGUCGAACGUGUCUCGGCAUCGGCUGUUGCACUACAUGCUCAACAACAAUUGCCACACGCGCUAUUCCAAUUGCAAAAGAAGUAUGACGAGGGUGCCGAGAAGGUACAUCAACAGAAUGAGCAACGCAAACAUGUUGAUGGUAACCACCAACAGCACAAUAGUCAUCAGCAGGCGCCGGCACCACCCACCAGUGAACAGCAUUUGCAUCAUCCACAAAUGGCACAUGGCAUUAUGUUCCCAUUGCCACAAAUACGCAACGAGCAACCCACAGCACAACAGCAUCAUACACAUAACCCACAUCAGCAACAGCCGCAACAUAACCCACACCAACAGCAGACGCAACAACAUCAUCCGCCCACCAUAUUUGGCACAUCGGCCGCCUCCAGUGCCAUGAGUACCGAGCGGCCAGCCAUGGCGUAUGAGAAUGUCGGAUGAAUGCUGAGCCGCCUAUGGGAAGCGGCAUGCGAGGGCCGCAUGCCGGUAACGACGACGUCGACGACAAUGGCGGCGCUCGCAGAUGGGGAGACAUGAAAGGGGAAUGUUUACCGGACAAGUUCUACAUGUACAUAUAAUAUCUACUAAACAUACAAUGCUAGUAUACAAUAUUAAAAAAGAAAGAAAAAAUAUAUAUAAUUAAAAUAACUCGAAAUCACUUAUAUAAAUAUGCAUACAUAUAAUACAAUAUAAUUGUUA